AUGUUCACAAAACGACUCCCCGAUAUCUACUGGAAUGUCUCGAAUCCAAUGAUGGAAGUGUUUGGGGAAGUGAACGAUCGAGUGCAAAUUGUGUGCCCAUUUUCGAAAGAUUCGACUCAUGCUCAUCAAACCAUCAUUUAUCGAGUUUCACAAGAAGAUUUCUUCGAUUGUCGAUUAGGGACAUCGGCUAAAGAGGUUGGUCGAUGCAUUUCCCCGAAAGAGCUCUCAUCAUUAUCAAUCGUUUUUCGAACGUUUUCCCCGAAUCCAUUCGCUUUAGAAUAUCAUCCGGAUCAAACAUAUUACUUCAUUUCCACAUCCGACGGUUCAACGACGGGUUUGCAUAAUAAAGUUGGCGGUCUUUGUGAAACGGAUGGGAUGAAAAUGAUGAUACAUCUUGCGGAAAAAGGUCAUCCCCAUCGUCAUCAUCAUCGAAAACCGCUAAUUGAAAAUCGUCCAUUGUCUCCAAAAACCACUGAGAAACCGGUGAUCGCUGACGAAGAUCGACCAUACCCAAGGCCGUACAUGUACAAGGAUUCUUCCAAAGAAGAAGUAUCUACACAGAAAGCAAGAGUCGAAUCGUGGCCCUCUUGGCCGUCCGUUCCGCUACCAUUGCUACCACUUGAUGCACAGGAAGUCUCUUCUUCUGUGCACCGAUUGUCCCUGUACGAGUUGGAGGAUCUAGCGAAAGAGGUCGAGGAUCGGGUCGAAUUUCAAAUACACGAAUUUGGGGAUGCGGAAUCCCUGGCCUUCUCCUCAUCACCAGCUUCUUCGAUUUCUCGAUCGUUCAUCACAUUAUUGCUACUGUUUCUGCAUCGACUUUUUCUA